CGUCAGAGUCUUCUGCUUGCAAUUAUGUCUAUGCGAUGCCAGUUAGUUCUGCAACAGUAAAUUCUCAAAAUCUGGUUGGAGUAAUGCCUCAUAGCUUGCUCGAUUCAAAAGAAGGCAUUGAUAAGUCCAAUGAGUCCAAAGUUGUGAUGAUGCAGUCACAUGUUGCCUCGGCGCAGGAUGGUGGUACCUCCGUCAAUUUGAAUAAUGUUGACAGAGAAAGCAGAUUACAAAUGUGUGAAGACAUGGAAAAAGUAACGAGAGAUGAAAACAAGAGCAGUUUGUCGAAUAAUAGUAUUUAUGGUAGUAGCAAAAUGUCCCAGGAUUCACCUGUUGCCAGUGUGAGUAGUCGAAACAUGGAAGAGUUGGAUGAUUCCGAUAUGUCGCUGGGGGCACAGUUGUUGCUGAAUCUGUCUAACCAGAAUGUGCACCCCCCUGUGAUGAAACCAGUCUCUAACCCCCCACAAACUACUACUACUGCCACAGGAAUGGAGAAACCAUGUAUGGGUGGCAACAGUCAAUUUCCAUUCAGAAAUUUCAUCUUCCAAGUUUCUCAGCCAAUCAAAACGGAACCGCCUGACGAUUGGUCGGAAUCGACUGAUGUUAACAAUCUCGGCAGUUUUGUGUCGGUGAAACAGGAAAAACCCGACAUGGGCCAUGACAUGACUGUUCCAGCAUGCGUACCCGUUUCACAGCUCGACGUAUUGCCCACAGAACCGAGGACGAGGGAUACAACAUCGCUGUCGAAUCGUACCGCUGUGAUGGACAUUGGUGGACAGCUGCUGCGAGUCUCCAACAGCUCGCUACCACAGCCUGUCAGUCAGAUCAUUGAAGAGCACGUCUUGGCCAAUCGGAAUCUACCUCAUGUCCAACUCAAAACAGUUUCUAAGAAGAAUGGUGACUUGUCUACUGUGCGAGGUGUUGGUAACCGCCGGAAACACUCAUAUUGUCAGACGAAUUACGACGACUCGGCAGACGAGGCAUGUCAUGACACGGCGGAGAAGGACCCGAGUCUCUACAACAUAGACUGGGAGAAGGCGAAGAAGGCUAUUGAAGCGGAGAAACUAAGGGCAGCUCUUAGGAGUUCGCCGACCCAGAUGAAGUCGAAGCACCUGUCUCUGCACAGCAAGAAGCCGAUCCGGCCGGUUGACCGCCAGAAGAUGGGGCCGUGGCUGAAGAACCUGCUGGACAACGAGACGUGUCCGGGCCUCGUCUGGGUUGACCGCUCACACAAAGUCUUCCAGGUGUCAUGGCGACAUCGCGCCCGCAUGGGUUGGGACAUGAAGCUGGAUGGAGAUGUCUUCGAACGUUGGGCCAGGCAUACCGGUAUCUACUGUGACGGGGACCCGCCUGAGCCUCGACGGUGGAAGACAAACUUCCGCGCAGCUCUCCAUAGCAUGUCCGACGUGGAGGAACUUCCUGGAAUACGGAAAGGAAGAUAUGCAUAUAGAAGAUAUUAUUUCCGAGAUUUCGAUGAAUCUGAUGCUUCUGGUGAACCAUCAGGGAAGAAGUCCAAAAAGGAGGACAAGUCGAAGCUUGCCUCACCAGUAGCAGAUGCUGACCACGACGUAACUCCAGAUUUUACACCGGCAGCUUUUGGAAGCAGACACAAGAAAAGCACUGAGCAACCAGGUGAUACAAACCCAGGUGAUACAGACACCUCGUUAACAGGUGCUGACAGCAUGAAGGAUGAAAGUAGUGAUGUGGAAUCAACAAGCUCUGUCGAAUUGGCUCCCGAUAUUCUCGACCGCUCACAGAAUCCCAAGCUGCCCUCUUUCUGCGAAAGCAAUAUGUACAUUCCCUCCGCGGUGACGGUCCGAUCGUUCAACAUACCAUCGCAGGAGAUCCUCGGUAACGCCCACACAGUGGCACCCAGUACGACACCCGCCGAGCCCCACUCCACCCCCACCAGCUCUGUCCUGUCGGCCAUUUCACACCCUUCUGUCGCAUCCACCCCGUCAUCGGCAUCCCCCCGAUCGGCGGCAUCCCACACUUCUGUUGUGUCCAACUCUUCCAUUGUACCCACCACUUCCUUCCUGUUGGCUCCCGUUUUGCCAGUGUCUUCAGGCGGGUCCACUUGUGCUGGAGAUGUCAACCCGACCCCGAUCCGAAUCAUUCACACGUCGGUGGCGCCGAUACAGAUACCCAUCUCCAUGGGUCUCGUCCCUUCUUCCAUGGUCACCAUUCCGACGUCACUUGGUCAUAUCCCAUCUGUAGUUCCCAGCCUGUCUGCCGCCAGAUCAGAACAGUCUGUCGCCAGAUCAAGACCGUCUGUCGUCAGGUCAGAACUGUCUGUCGUCAGGUCAGAACCGUCUGCCGCCAAGCCAAAUUCAGCAUCAGCAUCAGCAUCAGCAUCAUCUUCAUCGUCACCAUCCGUUGCAUCGUCUUCGAAGGACACAGAAAGUAAACACCGGAAGACUGUCCGGUUGGUCGCGGGGAAGCGGAAGCGGAAGAAGUCUGAAGACGCGGGACCGGAGGAGGUCAAACCUUUCUGCACGUUCUGUGAGAAACUAGUGCGUAACCUCAGCACGCACCUCGACCGCAAGCACAGGAAGGAGACGGCCGUGGCGGAGGCUCUCAGCUUCCUGUCCUACCUCCGCAGCAAGAGCACUGCCACCAAACACGUCGGCAAGAUCUCCGACGAAUGCCACUCCAAACAAGCAGAGUAGUUCAAUCAGCAGGGCUUCUAGAUUAUGGUUGCCCCACUCCCAUGGCAAGUGAUAUUCGAUGUUGGGCUAGUAAAUAACUUCUAUUGCCUUGCCCGACAGGACUUCUAGAUUAUGGUAGCCCCACUCCCAUGGCUAGUGAUAUUCAAUGUUGGGCUAGUAAAUAACUACUAUUGCCAUGCCUGAUAGCUAGUGAAAAAACCCAGUUGUCAAAUGCUGCAUUUUAGUCUAUCGUGUAAAUUUGUAUAUCCUGCCCCCCACACCCACACCCCAAGUGUUUUUAAGCUCUCUCUCUCUCUUAGGGUGACAUUAUUAUCUGAUUAUUACUGUUAGUAAAAUUGUAUUAGCUUAAAGUAAAGUAGGGCUAGUGAAUGUUUUAACUGUGGCCAGUAAAUUAAAAAAAUCACUGAUCCCAUGGCUAGUGGAUUUUGUUAAAAUCUAGAAGCCCUGGAUUCAGUGUAAAUAUUAAUCAUGUUCGUUGGUGUGGUGUGCUUCUCAGCCUAUUGUUUUGUGCUGGGGUGUUGUUAAUCAUCUAUUCUAUUCUGUUUUCAGUCUGUUGUAUUUUAUUAAAGGACACAUUAACUCUCUGCUAAAAGUCUCCAAUCUUGGUUUCAGCACGUGAAAGUAGACACUAAGUUUGGUUAUUCUGUAAACUUGUAAGAGAAUUGGAUAAAGAUACACUAGAGUGAACUAAGAGUCUGUGAUGUUGAAGCAGGGAAAUAUACUUAAAACAUACACUUAAAACAUACACUUAAAACAUACACUUGUGCUUGUCUCCAUAAUUAGCCCAGUGGUAAAGCGCUCGCUUGAUGCAUGGUCGGUUUGUGAUCAAUCCCCGUCAGUGGGCACAUUGGGCUAUUUCUCGCUC